AUGCGGAGACAGAGCAGGGGGAGCGUUGCUGCAGCAGAGUACAGCGAAGACAGGCUGCAGCAGGAUACGGGUGCAGCAGCAAAUGCAGCAGCAGAUGCAGCAGCAGCAACAGCAGCAGCUGCUGCUGCUGCUGCAAGAGCCAGCCAAUCGAUACUAGUGAAGGAGGAGGAUGAUCUGUCUCUCUUGGGGCGUCAAAGCAGCAGCAAAAAAAGAGAAGCAGAAGCACCCAUCCCCCAGCAGCAGCAGGAGCAGGAGCAGCAGCAGCAGCAGCAGCAGCAGCAGCAGGAGCAGCAGCAGCAGUAUAAACCUGAUAUAGAGACAGUGCAAAUGCUAAUGCAACAAAACCCACAUUUAGGGCCCAAAGAAAUCAUAAAAUUGGCGACGGAAUUCACAAAAAAACAAAAAAUUAAUCAAAGAAAAACCCCGUGA